CGAGAUCCGAGAUUUUUUGGAGCACGCACUUGUUUGUUUUGUUUACACCAGCCACGGGAGCCAUCCGUGAACCGAAGAUUUGUGAAGAAUCGACGUACUGGGGACAGAGGAGAGCAGCCUGCAUCGGGAGCCCAAUCCAUGAGCUGUCUUCCGCUGAAAUCGCCGCCGGUCGCGUGUCGUUUUAGAACGAUAAACCACAGAAUUUCCGAGAAUAUCAGAGCUAUUUAUGGCUUCGAAUGCGCAACUCGGAAAAAUCAUUUUGAUAGCCGCAAUCGCCGUGUUUUUCUACUACUUCUUCUGGGUGGCGGUGCUGCCUUUUAUGCUCAUCGAUGAAGGUAAUCCCAUUCGGCUCUUCUUCCCACCGCUGAAAUACGCCUUCAUAGUGCCCACUGUAUUCGGGGUGAUCUUCCUCGGCGGCAUCGCCGCGUUCUCCUUCUACCACAUCUGGAACCUGAAGGUGAAGCGCGAUUAA